UCAUCUUCUUCUGUUAUGUUCAUACAAUGAAGCUUCCGACAAUGGCCCAACUCUUGUCCCUUCUCGUUACCUUCACCGUCGUCUCCGUCGCCAUUGACGCAGCUUCGGAGCCUGUCCGUGAUAUCAGAGGGAAACCCGUUAGAGCAGGCCUCGACUACUACAUCCUUCCCGUCGUCCGUGGCCGCGGCGGUGGCCUGACGAUGGCAAGUGCCGGGAACAAGACCUGUCCGAUGAGUGUCGUCCAGGACAAGUUCGAGGUCUCCCCAGGCUUUCCCUUGACGUUCUCGCCUUCGGACAAGUCCAGAAUCGUCGGUAUCUCGACGGAUCAGAACGUCAAAUUCUCAGCCGCCACGAUCUGCGUCCAGUCCACCGUGUGGAAGCUGGAGAGCUUCGACGAGACGACGAAGCAGUGGUUCGUGACAACGGGAGGGGUCGAGGGAAACCCGGGUCGGGAAACCAUUUCUAACUGGUUCAAGAUCGAGAAGCUCGGGAACGAUUACAAGCUCGUGUUCUGUCCUACUGUCUGCAACUUCUGCAAGGUUAUAUGCAGAGACAUCGGCGUGUUCGUGCAAGAUGGGAAGAGAAGACUCGCCCUGAGUGACGUGCCUUUGAAGGUUAUGUUCAAAAGGGCAUAACAGAUUCCUCGUCAAGAAACUCCCCAAUCAAUAACACUGUCUGAAUACAUGAAAAAUCUGAUGUAUCAUCAAUAAGAUUCUCCAAGAAUAAGUUAUAUGAUCUAUUUUUUUCA